AUGGCCAUAUUCUCAACCGGAGGCGCAUCAAAGGCGACGAAGCGAACCACGCCGCGAGGAUCAGGCAACCUCUUCCUCGCUACCACCACAACGCCGCACAGAUCGGAGAGCAACCGCUCGACAGGAUACCCUCCAGAGAAGACCGGCGACACCAUAUCCCCGAGCCACGUGACCACCAACAUCAACCUUGCCCCAAUGGAGAACAACAACACUCCCGGACACAACAGACCCCCCACUGGGAAGUCACCCCCGACCCUCCUUGAGCAGAAACCAGAGUCGAUGGUGGCCGAGACUCUCCGAAUGAAGGGCGAGCUCGAGUUCACCCGUCUCUUGCGCGUGGACGGCCGGUUUGAGGGAGAGCUCAUCACCGACAAGGGGAGCCUGGUUGUGGGGCCGAAGGGGGAAGUCGUCGGGGACCUCAAGAACAUGCAGGAAGUGUACGUGGAGGGCAUCGUCCGCGGCAACGUUUUUGCGAACGACGUCAAGAUCAAGAACGCCGGGAUGCUCCUGGGCGACGUCCAGUGCAUGUGCCUCACCCUCGACCCUACGGCGUCGAUCAGGGUGAGCAUCAACCACAACGUUCCCAACCCGCGAACCCAGCCUCCCUUCCUGCCCCCAACCCCACGCUGUUGAAUUUCUUGUGUCUCUCGGUUCUCGCUCACCCUUAAGAAAGUGUUAGAGAAAUAUUAUGUCGGUUUUGCUCCCGCUCACUGCAAAGACUUGUAGCGCACACCCUUGGAACUGCUGUGGUAUUUUCUCGAACGGAUAGUAUACUAGUCUUUCCGUGUUGGUGUGCUUUCGAGAAGAUGUGUCUUCUUGUGCGGCGAAGUAAAGUGAGCAUGGGGCGUGAUGGCCGGAAGGUCUUUAAGGUUGGCGACCGCCCCCGCGGAAGACUUUUCUAGGCUGUCAAUACUCGAAACACUCCACACGGUGGGUGGUGAAAUUGAGAACUCUCCCCACCAUGAAUGGUGGUCUAGUAGAUGAUGUUGUGCGGGGUCGAGAAUCCUCACAUCGCGCAAAGGGGAUAAUGGCAGGUUGUGUUUAAUUGGUCGAACACCCUCGAGGCAGUUACACAGAGCUUACAACUGUCUCCGGAAGUGAAAGCACCAGAAAAAUAAAUUGAGUCAUACAUACGCAGUUGUCAUCCGUACGCAAGGAAGUAAGCACAAGAUGCCGAACACCCUUGGCAGGAUGCAGCGCACCCUUCAUGCGACUCGCCGAAUACAUCACGGCGCUUCGCGCUUGGUGAUGUGAGAGCCUGGUCCGGUAGAACCCGGCGUGCUCCGUCCCGGCUUUGUAGGGAUGCGAGGUCAAUGGUCUAACGACUACGGCAUGCACGACUAUGAGUGCACCCCCACCCC